GCUUGUAUUAUUAGUUAUAUGUAAAAUGGAAGUUGUAAAAGGAUACUUUGAUUACAACAUUUCUCAUGAGAUCGUUCAAUUUAAACAGUUUUUCCAAAUUUCAAAAGAUCUUCUGGAUUAUGGAUACAAAACCAUUGCUAUUAAUCAAACAAUUAAUGAAGAAACGUUAGACAACACUCAAAAAAAGAAGAAGAAAGGUGCUGUUAAAACUUCUCUUGAAUUAGUACCACAACCUAUCAAAUUCGAGAAAAUUGAUGGUUUAAAAGUACUAAAUCGAUUGACUAUAGUAUUCUCUAGACAAGACGAAAUAUAUAAAAUAAUGAGAUCAAAAAACUAUAAACUAUAUGAUAUUGUGGCUGUUUUACCGACUUCAAAUAAUGCAUUUCAGUAUGCUUGUAGUUCAAUGGAUUUUGACAUUUUUUGCUUUGAUCCUUUACUUAGUAAAUUACCAUAUAAACUUAAUCGAAAACUGUAUAAACAGUUAGUUGAAAAAGGCGUUCACUUUGAAAUUUGUUAUAGUCCUGCUAUUAUAGACAACACACAAAGAAAAAAUGUUAUAAACACUGCACAUUUAUGUCAUUCUUAUGGUAAAUCUGAAAAUGUAAUAAUAUCCAGUGGAGCAACAUUUCGGCAUACUUUAAGAAGUCCUUAUGAUAUUAUCAAUUUAGGUCUUAUAUUUGGUUUAAAAGAAGAACAAGCAAAAAACUCUAUACUAAGUAAUGGAAGGAACGUUUUUAUUCAUUCAAUACGAAGAAAACUUGGCAAACCUUUGCUAUUUCUAGAAAAUGCUAUAAGUAAUAGAAAUGAGGGUGAAACUGUUAAAGAAGACGAAGAUGAAGAAGAAAUGGAUGUAGAUCAACCAGCACAAAAGAAAACUAAACUUUAAUGUAGAAUAAUUAUGAAUAACAUCAUGGUUUUUAUAUCAAUCAUUGAAGUCUUUUUUAAUAUUUUUUUUUUUAUAAAAUAAACGAAAAUUAA